AUGUACCAAGGUCAGUGGACGUUACACAACCUCGCCUCCAGCAUUGUUGUUUUUGCCGACGUGACACAGGUCGUCGCGUUCAGCUCACCGUCUUCACGCGACCAUUCAAUGCCGCUGACCGCAAAGUGCCUGGACCAGGGCUUCCUGAUGACGGUCCGAACGAAGACCGCAUGCACCGCGCUGGCCCUGCUGAUCCCCCAGCACAAGCGUCAACCAGCCAGUCUGCGAAAGCCAAAGGGAAGCGUCCGACACGGAGAUGAGAGUGACGACCAGUCAGUCAUCAUAACCGGCUCAGGUCCCGCGCCUGCGAGACAGCAGAAUCCGUUCAUGACUCCCGCUCUCACGUUCGCCGGACACAGGAACGGCCACUUGGCGCGUCGCAUCAAACGACAGGAGAAGCGUCACAGCGAUGAGCUAAGGAGGAUGUCCGCUGUUCUUUCACAAUGCCAAGGUGAACUUGCCGCCGCACGCCAGGAAUCACGUCUCUACCAAGAUGAACUUGUCACGGCACGCCAGGAAUUGGGUAUCUAUCAAGAUGCACUUGUCACGGCACGCCAGGAAUCGGGUGACUAUCAAGAUGAGCUUGCCGCCGCACGCCAGGAAUCGGGUGACUAUCAAGAUGAACUUGCUGUCGCACGCCAGGACUUGGGUCUCUACCAAGAUGCACUUGCCGCCGCACGCCAGGAAUCGAGUGACUAUCAAGAUGCACUUGCUGCCGCACGCCAGGAAUCGGGUGACUCUCAAGAUGAGCUUGCUGCCGCACGCCAGGAAUCGAGUGACUAUCAAGAUGAGCUUGCUGCCGCACGCCAGGAAUUGGGUGACUAUCACGAUGAGCUUGCUGCCGCCGACGAGGAAUUCAGUAUCAUGCAGACAAACAUACGCGAGACGCAGUUCCACCAUUCCGUGCAGCGUUGCCAAGACUGCGCUGGUAAGAUUGAGGACAGUGACAUAUACGUCUACGAUCACUGCGGUGCUUUCCGAUGCGGCAAGUGCGUUCGCCAGCAUGGCGAGAUAGCCUGCCUUCAGCAUGAAGAGCUUGGACCGCAGGGUAUGCAUAGAGUCUACGGAGGCCUAGAGUGCACGCUGGGCACGUGCGAAGAAUCAGAGGAUCCUCGCCGUCUCCACGAUCUUCCAUGCGGUAAGUCCUCCAAGGUCAGUCUUCCAGGAUCUCCUGCUAACUUUCUCUAG